AUGACCAGAAUGGUACCUCUGGGCCUAGUAACAUUGUGUUUGAACAUCGUAGCGCCUGUAGCAGGCGCUUCGUACGAUAUCGUCAAAGACUUCGCCGGUAGUUCGUUCUUUGAUGAUUGGGAUUUCUUUGGGAGCUUUGACAACCUCACGAAUGGCGACGUAAACUUCGUCUCGGCUUCCCAGGCGCAGUCAUCUCGACUAGCCUUUGUGGACUCGUCCACCAACCAUGCGAUCGUCAAGGUCGACAACACCUCAAUGGUUCCAUUCAACGAAAAGCGGAACACGGUCCGCAUAUCCACGAAGGACAGAUACGCCGUUGGGAGCGUCUGGGUCGCGGACAUGGUUCAUGUGCCUUUCGGCUGUUCUGUAUGGCCUGCGUGGUGGUCACAGUCGCCCAAUUGGCCAACAGGCGGCGAGAUCGACACUUUUGAGGCCGUCAAUUUGGCCCCUCGAAGUCAGAUGGGGUUGCACACUCUUCAGGGAUGUACCCAGCAAAACCCCACACAAUCGUCGACCCUCAUAAACUCGACCGAUUGCAACCAUGAUGUCAAUAACAAUCAAGGGUGCAUCGUCACGACUCCCAGCACGGCUUCAUAUGGUCAGGCAUUCAGUGCUGCGGGCGGAGGCGUGUGGGUCACUGAGUACGCCGAGACGGGCAUCUCUGUAUGGUUUUUCGAAAGAAGCAGCGUGCCGUCAUCUAUUUCGGGGACUAUGAGCUCGAUAGAUACGUCGACCCUGGGCACGCCUGUGGCAAAUUGGCCCAGCGGAGGUUGUAACAUGGAUCAGUUCUUCGAGGCGCAACAUCUCAUUCUCGACAUCACGCUCUGCGGUGAUUUCGCUGGCGCUCCCGCAGUUUUCUCUCAGACCUGUUCAGGCGUGUGCUACAAUGACUAUGUCAUAGGCUCGCCAAGCAACUACGACAACGCGUACUUCGAUAUUAACUUCAUCAAGAUCUUCGGCACAGGCGGAAAUACUGUCAUCUCCUCACAAAAUAACGCCGCUCCAGCACUCUCGAUUAGACCUCUGGCUGUUGCAUCCUUCGCUACUUUUGUGUAUGCUAUUGGCACCGUAUUGUAG